UCUAAAGGGGGUUAGGGAUUGCAAAAGAAACAAACAAUCUAUCUUAGUAGUAGAUGUGAAUGGGUUCUCAAGUGAAGAAGAAAUUGAGAAUUUACGGAGAUGAAGAAGAUAAAAUCAGUAGUUUGCCGGACGAGCUUAUUCAUCACAUUCUUUCAUUUACCGAUGCUAAAGAAGCAGUUCAAACGAGCGUCCUUUCCAAUCGAUGGAAGUCUUUAUGGAUUACUCUCCCUUUUCUUAAUUUCGGUGAGUACAGAUACUCUUCACCUAAAAACAAUACUAAGUUUAUCCGCCAUGUUCUGUCUAAACGAAACCGUCAAUCCGAUCUUUUCGAAUUGAACUUCUGUGUUUACAACAAAGGACUCCGUCGAUGUUUAAUUGCAAAUGUUGUUGAGUAUGCAAUCUCCCACAAUGUGCAAUCCCUGGAUUUUGGUUUAUUGUAUAAACAUCAACCGUUUAAGCUAUCUACCUUUAAUUCUAAUUCACUGAAAAAACUUACAUUACGAGUCAGACUUGAAGAAUUUGCUAUGGAAUUGGGUUGCUGGGAUUUACCUUGCCUAACAACUCUCUUCUUGAAAUACCCAGAUUUUGAUUUGACUAAAGGUAACCAAAUUUCAGAUUCAUGGUUUACAUGCUUGCCUUCCUUGAGAGAUCUGGGUCUUGAAAAUUGGGACUUGUCAAUAUCAUCUUUCUCUUUCAGUAUCCCCGAUUUAACAACCCUCCGCUUGUCCAACUGCAUAUUGCCUAAAAUGGUGUUGGAUCUCCCAUCUUUAAUUACUCUAGAUCUGCACAAUGUAAAUCUUCCAUAUGAUAUGAGUGACAUGAUCUCGACACUUAUCAGUCUACAAAAUCUUACCAUAUCUUCACCAUUUACACAAGACCAUGUCAUAUCUUGUCCUCGUCCUUUGUUGAACUUGAAUAUUAGGACCAGCUCCAGCCGCUAUGAUAGUGGUUCUGGUUACAUUAUAGUUUUUGCACCAAAAAUCUGCAAUUUCACUUCUUAUGGUAUCUUUGCAACAACAUUUGGAGUACCUGAGCUGGAGACUGUAAAUAUAAGGUUACAGGGUUGGUUUCAGGGCCUGCAAUCCUCAAAGGAAGAAAUUUAUCACCGGUUAACGAAUAUGUUUCCAGGACUUGGUAAUGCAAAAACUCUUACUUUUGACUUGGAGAGCAUUAAGGCACUGAAUGAGAUUUCCAGCCUUCUUGUAUGGCUUCCAUCUCCGUUCUAUAACAUGAAGUAUAUAAAGGUUCCAAAGACAUAUAAAAAAUCAAAUAUGUCUGGUGCUCUUAGGAACUACUUACUUGGUGGUUCACCAAGAUCAACCAUAGUCACAACAUUGCCUCAGGUAUGUGGAAUAGAAACGAUAGACAAAGAUGACAGAAAAGCAAAUGAAGAAGGAGAUAAUGCAUUACAGGAUAUAAAGUUCAAGAUAGAAUGGUUAGCACAUGAGCGAACACCCUUUCGAAUGGCAAUAAGAAGAUUAAAGAGAAAGAACAGGAAAGUGAUGGAAUCAGAUUCGACUCCUGCAGACACUUUUUUGGAUGAUUUGACUACAAAGAUCAGGGGAGAACUUGUAGCUGAAUUGGAAGAAAAGGUUUCCAAAAAAGUCCAAGAUAACUUGUCCAUGAUCCUCAAAAAGAUAGCAGAGGCUAAUCCCGGUCUUAAUAUGGACAUCGGAAGAGUUGCUGCUAUUAUUGCAAGCGAGGAUGAUGAAAAUGGUACACCAUUCAGUGCCAAGACUGCCGGGACUGCCGGGACUUCCGGGACUGCCGGGAUUUCCGGGACUGCCGGGAUUUCCGGGACUGCCGGGACUUCCGGGACUGCCGGGACUUCUUAG